AUGAGAGGCCAGUCGCCCAUCCCAAAGGUCGCACCCGCCCUGCCCGCUCCGGCCUGCUCGGGUCACUGGGCCACUGGCGAACGCAGCAUGUCACCAAACAAGGUGCCCAAAAAGGCAGGACGGGAUUGGGUCAGCGCGGCGGUCCUUCGCCGACGGAGGAGAGGCAGACCCACUGUUACCGCUGACGCUUCCGGUGUCUUCGGCCUCGGCGCCGAGGUUGUAGGAAGCAUCCGGGCCGUCUCCGGUUCCCUUAUCUCCGACAUCUUCUCCCCACGUACUGAAAGUAACCUGGAACAUGGAAACGAGAGGGCCGGUGGAGGUUUGACUUCUUUAGGUUGA